GAGGCAUCAGGAAAAUAGCUGACGCCUCUCUGCCAGUGGAGUAGCAACAUGGCGGCGUCUUUGGUUCGGUUCGUCCGUGGAGGACUCGGACGCAGUUUAAACGUUGCGAGAACUUCGUGUCUCAUUCAGCAGCAGAGCCGACUGCAAAGCUCCACCACUGAGACCAAGCCUACUGUGCGGCCCAAAGAUACUGUCACCCACAGUCAGUUGGCAUCAUUUGGAGAAUAUGUGGCUGAGAUGAUGCCCAAGUAUGUACAGCAGGUCCAGGUGACUUGUUACAAUGAGUUGGAGGUGAUGAUCCAUCCAGACGGAGUGAUCCCAGUGUUGACCUUUUUGAGGGAUCACACCAACGCUCAGUUCAGAAACAUGAUUGACCUCACUGCUGUCGACAUCCCAACACGCCAAAAUCGCUUUGAGAUUGUUUACAACUUUCUGUCGCUGCGCUUUAACUCCCGUAUUCGUGUCAAGACUUACACGGAUGAGUUGACUCCUGUGGAUUCUGCUGUUUCCGUCCACAAAGCUGCAAACUGGUAUGAGAGGGAGAUUUGGGACAUGUAUGGUGUUUUCUUUGCCAACCAUCCGGAUCUGCGGCGCAUAUUGACAGACUACGGCUUUGAGGGACAUCCCUUCAGGAAGGACUUCCCUCUGUCGGGAUUUGUUGAGCUGCGCUACGAUGAUGAGGUGAAGCGGGUCGUUGCGGAGCCAGUGGAGCUGUCACAGGAGUUUAGGAAGUUUGACCUCAACACACCAUGGGAGGUGUUCCCCGCUCACAGGGAGGCCAAAGAGGCUGCACCGAAACUGGAGGCCGGCGAGCCCGCCCCUGAGAAGAAGUGAAGUCUAAUGUCCGCGCUGUCUGGGAGCCCGUCUGAAAUAUUUAUGUAAAUAAACAUACAAAUAAAACU